GAGCGGCGGCGGCGCGGCCCGUGCGUACUGCGGGGCGGCGGGAGCCCCCGCUCGGCCUCGGCGCGCCGGGGCGGGGGGAUGAACGGGAGCGGGCGGCUGCCGGCGGGGGGCGAGGCGGGGCCCCCCGGCUCGGCGCUGCUGCCGCUGGGCGGGAACGGCAGCGCGGGCGGCCCCGCCGAGCUGCGGGAGGGCACCCACGCCGCCACCCUGGCGGCCUGCGCCUCCCUGCUGGCCCUCGUCUUCUGCCUCGGCUCCUACGGCAACCUCAUCGUCCUGCUGUCCUUCUUCGACCCGGCCCUCCGCAAAUUCAGGACCAACUUCGACUUCAUGAUCCUCAACCUCUCUUUCUGCGACCUCUUCAUCUGCGGGGUGGCCGCCCCCAUGUUCGCCUUCGUCCUCUUCUUCGACCCGGCCCGAGGCGUCCCAGGCACCUUCUGCUUCACCUUCCAUCUCACCAGCUCCGGCUUCAUCAUCAUGUCGCUCAAGACGGUGGCGGUCAUUGCCCUGCACCGGCUGCGCAUGGUGCUGGGGAAGCAGCCGCACCACGCUGCCUCCUUCCCCUGCACCCUCCUCCUCACCCUGCUGCUGUGGGCCACCAGCUUCACCCUGGCCACCCUGGCCACCCUCAGGACCCGCGGCUCCCGCCUCUGCCUGCCCAUGUCCAGCUUCACCAGCGGCGAGGGGAAGGUCAUCCUCUAUCUCUACGUCACCGACUUCAUCUGCUGUGUGGCUGUUGUUUCUGUCUCCUAUGUCAUGAUAGCCCGCACCCUGCGGCGCAAUGCCCAGGCAAGGAAGUGCCCGCCCGCAGUGGCCACCGAAGCCCCCCGCCCACAGUCCUUUGCAGGGCCACCAGCCACCAGGGCACCUGCCCUGUACAGGAACCAGAGCUACGGUAAGGCACGGCGCGCCCAGGCGCACGGCUAUGCCAAGCGUCUCGGCCAGCCGCUGGCGGCCACCACCAGCCGGCUCCAGCUGGUGUCGGCCGUCAACCUGUCCACGGCCAAAGACUCCAGGGCAGUGGUGACGUGUGUCAUCAUCGUGCUUUCUGUCUUGGUGUGCUGCCUGCCCCUGGGCAUCUCCUUGGUGCAGGACAUGCUCUCCAGCAGCGGCGGCUUUGUUCUCUACCAGUUCGAGCUGUGCGGAUUUACCCUCAUUUUUUUCAAAUCCGGAUUAAACCCUUUUAUAUAUUCCCGCAACAGCGCAGGACUUCGGAGACGAGUCCUCUGGUGCCUGCAGUACGUGGCCCUGGUCUUUUUGUGCUGCAAGCAGAAGACGAGGCUUCGGGCCAUGGGGACAGGCAGCCUGGAGGUCAACAGGAACAAGUCGUCCCACCACGAGACUAAUUCUGCAUACAUGUUGUCUCCAAAACCUCAGAAGAAGUUUGUGGACCAGGGCUGUGGCCCCAGUCACUCUAAGGAGAGUGUGCUGAGCCCCAAGGCUUCUGUCGGGCAUCAGCACUACGCACAGAGCAGCUCGACCCCCAUGAACACGCGGAUCGAGCCCUACUACAGUAUCUAUAACAGCAGCCCUUCCCAGGAAGCGAGCACACCAAAUAGCUUACAGCCGGUGAACUCGACUUUGGGCUUUGCCAAGUCCUACGUUGCCAUGCAUUAUCACACCAGCAACAACUUGGGGCGGGACUGUGACAGUGCUGCCACCAAGCAGAUACCCGUGCCCUCCGUGUAACCGUAGGGGAGAGGGUUCUGGCCUAGCUGAUGCAGCGAGUCCCCUUACUUGCUGUUCGUUAUUAUCCUGAACUCGGUGAUAACGGUACUGCUGCCAAUUAAGAAAAACGUCACUGAUGUUAAUGUCCAGCUCUUUGCGUUUGAAGCAAAUACUCGGAUACUUCUGUGAGGUUUUACCAAUUUUCCGUGGCAAGUUAAAAAGGGCAGUAUUUCAGGUUUCUGUUUGGAACUGUUAACGUGAGGGUGGUUUUGUUACUGAAUCUUACUGCUGGACAAGCAGGGGAAAAAAAACAAAGCAAGCGCUAUAACUGCAAUUCAUUAUGUCAUGUAGCAGGAUCCCUCGGACAACAAUCUGGGCGCACCAGAAGCGUUACCUGUUAAACUCUAUAGUUGCCAUAUUUUCAAGAAGGAGGAAUUGGGAGGAUGCUUGGUAUUACGAUAUUUAAGUUUAAAAUCUUUCUGUUGCAGGAGGUUAGAAGGAUCAGUGGCGUUUCGUUGCAGUGAGUGUCAGUAGUAAUAAAAGUCCUUUCUGUUCGCAAGGUGAAAUCCUUGUUCCAUUGAGGUAAAUAGUAAAAUUUCCAUGAUCUUUAGUUGAAGUCUAGGAUUUUGGUCUUGGCGUCCUAAAGCAGGAUGAGGCAUUUCACAAACAGCUGUUCUGUUGCUGCUGGGGAAGGACUUCUGAGAAAUCUUGUGGCGCUGAAAUCUCUGAAGUAUGUGUGUGCUCACACAUCUGUGUAUAUAUAUAUAAAUUUCUGCUGUACGUUUAAGGACCGGUGGCAUUAUGUAUCCCAAAAUAAUAUAUUUGGAGAAGUAUUUUAUCUCUGAUAGAAGUAACUGUGCAAUACCUAAUUACAGGUUUUACUCGAGGAUAAAGAUGAAUAUGGCAAUACUACGGAACUGACACGCUGUUAGUAAUGCAGUCUGCUUGGAGUUUCCUAAUACGUAAACUGUUAGGCAAAGAGACGUGUUGCCGGUUGCUCUUUUUGUCUGUGACUUUGUAUAAAAGUGGGGACUGGGGGGAUUCGGCUGUGAUAUUCCUGGCAGGUAGAACUGACAGCUGUUAACGUUCUUAAAAACAGAAUGACCAUAUAACAGGGUGAGUACAAGUUUUUGCGGUUUUCUUUAAGAGGUCUAAUGGCAGUUUGAUGUAAGAUUAAUAAUCGGUCUACUUACAGACUGUGUUGGUCUACACAGCAAGCAAAUAACAGAAGUUAAUUAUUUUUUUUUUUAAAUCUGGCCAUUUGUGUUGUGUCAUGUGCUGUGGGAAUUCCAUAUGAAACGGAAUGAUUUGGAGGCAUUUAAAUUCACGACAAUUGCUGCUUUAAGUGGCCAGAUCUUUUCAAAAUAAGCACUCAAUCACCUUUCAGCUUCGAUGGGCUUCAGCAGAGCCUUAAUAUCUCUGAAAUAAUCAUGCUACAGACUUUUUGGUGCCUCAUUAUAGGAAAAUGCCACAUCUUUAGCAAAAUUACAGCAACAGAAAGAUGAUUUCUUAUUUUAGAAAAAAAAACGACGACAAACAUUCACAUCAUCACUGUGUGUAAGUUGUUGGGUUUAGGUUAUUUAACUAAACUAUUUUCAAUGUUUUCCUGGAAGACUUACUACAUUAUGAACACUGUUCUUUGUUUAACACUUUGAAUUUUGAUUAAUUUUGAAUAAUUCAAGACAGCUUUCUUGCAAUAAAAUGGGUGUGAACGAGUUUCUAA